AUGGGACGGGCGUCCAAAGGCACCCAGGUAGAAGGUGGGGAAACGAGGUAUUCGGCGGUAUGCAGAGGCAUUUGCAUUUGCUCACGAGAAGGGGAGAGCCAGCCGGACACACCCAGCACUUAUUUCACGCUCGCGGCCGCCGAGGUACCCCAAAGUCGUUGGAGAUCUGCCGCCUGGCUAAGCCAGCACCGUGUAGCUUCACCGCCCCACCCCACCCAGCUCUUGUUUAUUUGGCCUGCUGUUGCACCCGCCCGUCGCGGCGCCUUUAUGAGGCGACCUUUCUGGUCCGCGCCCGAGCUCUCUCUCUGCCCUUUGGUCAGCAGCAUCUCGCCCGCCUCUGCACUCGGGGUAGCCGUCUGCGUCAGCGGCCGCCCUGCCCAGGCAGACGCGGCGCGGGAAACGGGCGCGCACAGUGUGACGUCUAGGUUUUCUCUUGUCAUCCUUUCAAUGAUCAGCAUUCACCAGAGGUGGUAG